AGAAGAAGAAGAAGAAGAAGAAGAAGAAGAAGAAGAAGAAGAAGAAGAAGAAGAAGAAGAAGAAGAAGCUCAACAACCAGAUAUUCACUUUUUGAAAUAUGGAAACACCCUUUGUGUGAAAAUCAGACUGUGAAAAAUCAUGAUCCGUAAAAUGUGAGGAUCUAUGCGUUCCUUGCCUAGCAAAAUGAUCAGGAGAGGUUCUUGACAAUUCAGGGUUUGAAAGAGGCAGGUUCAUUCUGGAAGGAAUGAAAAUUUAACCAACAGGCAGAUAAGACCAGGGGACGUGAAUGGACACCAUUUGUUGAUUUUUUUAAUCUCUGCCCUAUGGAACUGCUCUGAGAGUGGAGGUGCCCCCCUCCCUUCCAGCCCAGGGAUAUAACCCAGAGAGGACUUCACAGCCAAGGGUUUGGUUUCCUCCAGGACAGGCUGAAUCCAGGAUCCAUUUCAACCACUUGCCAAGUUUAUUCUGCAGACAGACGGCAUGGGGUUCCUUCAGAUCUUCCUCCUCAUCCUGGCCGGACUGUUAGGGUCUCUUGCCCAGGAAGAUCUCCAGAGGAAGACCUUCCUUUUCCCGCAGCCGACCAACACGGCACACGUGGUCUUGAAAGCCAGGCUGGAGCGGCCUUUGAGCAGCUUCACGGUGUGCAUGAGGCUCUACACGGACAUCACUCGGGCCCAGACCCUGUUCUCUUACGCCACGGAGGCCGAGCCCAACGACAUCGCCGUCGACCGACUGAGCCGCUCCCAGUACAGGCUGUAUGUUGGAGGUGAUGCGGUGAAGCUGAACAUCGCAGAGAGGGCGACCCCACUGCCCGCGUGGGAGCACAUCUGCCUGGCUUGGGACUCCACCAGCGGGGUGGUCCAGGUUUGGCUGGAUGGCAACCCUCUGCCCCGGAAGGCGGUGAAGCCAGGCUAUGCCAUCACCCCCCGGGCCUCCAUCAUCCUGGGGCAAGACCAGGAUUCCAUGGGGAGCGGCUUUGACUUGAUGCAGUCCUUCGUAGGCGAGCUCACCGACGUCUACAUGUGGGAACGGGUCUUGAGCCCCCAGGAAAUGUGCCGCGUGGGGGACAAACGCAUCCCGGCCAACUCCGUGAUCAACUGGGGGUCCUUGGCAUACAAGAUCAAGGGCAACGUUGUUCUCACGCACACCCUCUUGCCAGUUAGCCGAGCGGAUUGCGGGUGCCCUUUGCAAGCGGUGCCCUCCUGCUGGAGGAGGGUGGCGCUAUGAGAGUCUCUUGCUGGCUCGUCAAGAAGUCGCUCUAUUAAUAUUUCUGUGAGAUUUGGGGGGGGGGGGUUGGCCCUCUGGAUUUUGCUCAACUACAACUCCCAGCAACGAUGGGAGCUCUAGUUUCUGCAUCAUCUGGGUGGUCCAAAGGUUCCCCUCCCCCACCUGAACCUAUGCUAAUCUUCUUCCGAUCUGUCAGUUUGGGUUAUUCUCCAUUUCUCGUUUUUACAGUCUUCCAUUCUCUACAUUUCUGAUUCGGUUUGAAAUUGCAAUUUUUUUUACUAGUACUUGUGAAAGUUCGUCAGCAGCUUAGGGUGAAUAUAGGUGCUUUGUAUGCGCUUUUGUCUGAUAUACACACUUCCGCAAAAUGGUUUCCCGAAUGUAAUGCCUUAUUGUAAGUUACCGUACUUUUCUGUGUAUAAGACUAGGAUUUUUUUAAUUUUAAAAUUAUGUUCAAAAUUGUGGGUCGUCUUAUACACGGAUACAAUCUUCCCCCCAAAAAUAGGGGGCGUCUUCUACAUGAGGGCAUGUUAUACAUAGAAAAAUAUGGUAUUUUCAUGAAUCAAUGCAGGCAUCAGCUGCGCAUAGACUGUAUAUUUUUGCACACAUUACUUUGCUAGAAAACUGCACUUCAGCAUUCUUGUCUUGUCUUGUUGUGCUUUGUCUUGUCUUGUCUUGUCGUGACCUGACCUGACCUGUCGUGACAUGAUCAGACCUGUCAUGAGAUCAGCACAUGAUAUCAUGCUGUUGCCUGAAUGUAACAUUUUUUUUUUGUUUUUCGUUUGUUUCGAAGCACGUUCUGUAAGUAAAGCCUUUGAACCAUAUUUUUGGACUGGACAAUUUUUAAUUUCUGGUUUUAUUCAUCCAUUUUGCUUCCAAAUGUGCACUAUUCAUAACCACAAUACAUAAGAUCGUUGACAAAGGAUCCCAUAAAUUUCCAGACCUAUGGAGAAACAUCAUCUCCCUCCCAGAGGUUAUUCCUUUCCUCACCUUAUUUUCAAGAAUGUGGGAUGGAGAACAGGCUUAAAAUCGCCAUUCUGCCAUGAAACUCACCAUGUGACCUCAGGCCAACCACACAGAGCCUGGCCUACCUCACAGGGUUGUUGUGGGGGAUGGCCAUAUUCGGAGACCAAAGGCAGAGCUGAGGGCACCUUACAAGAAAAAUAAUGGAGUAUUGGCAGCUAUAAUUUCUUUGUGGGAAUGUUCAGGGAG